UUAGAAAACAUGGCUGAAGGCGACAACGCUUGUGAAAACGGCGUGGAGGCGAUGUCAAGUUCCAAGGAAGAGGUACCCAAUGUGCCCUACGAAGAAAUGACUAGCAGAGAUUACUACUUCGAUUCUUACGCACAUUUUGGCAUUCACGAGGAAAUGCUGAAGGACGAAAUUCGUACUCUGACCUACAGGAAUGCUAUGUGUUACAACAAACACCUGUUCAGGAACAAGGUUGUGCUCGAUGUGGGCAGCGGUACCGGGAUCUUAGCCAUGUUCGCCGCCAAAGCUGGAGCCAAACGUGUUAUUGGGAUAGAAUUUUCGAAUAUAGCGAAACAGUCGAUACAGAUUAUCAAAAGCAAUGGACUAGACGAUGUUGUUACGAUCAUCCAAGGUAAAGUUGAAGACAUCGACCAGUUGCCUCAUGGCAUCGAGAAGGUGGACGUCAUUGUGUCUGAAUGGAUGGGCUACUGCUUAUUUUACGAAUCGAUGCUGAACACCGUUUUAUACGCCAGGGACAAAUGGCUGGCGCCUGACGGGACCCUGUUUCCGGACCGGGCGUCACUGUACAUCUGCGCCAUCGAAGAUCGACAGUACAAGGAUGAAAAGAUUAACUGGUGGGAUAAUGUUUACGGCUUUAACAUGUCAAGCAUUCGCCGGGUAGCGAUCUCUGAGCCGUUGGUGGACAUCGUGGACGCAAACCAAGUGGUGACAACGUCCUGUCUGCUAAAAGAUGUGGAUUUAUAUACCGCAAAAGUUGAGGACUUGUCGUGGGAAACGCCAUUCACGUUGAGUGUUCGUAGAAAUGACUACGUGCAAGCACUAGUCACAUUUUUUACCGUAGAAUUUACGAAAUGCCACAAGCGGACCGGAUUUUCAACGGCUCCGGAUCAACAUUACACUCACUGGAAACAGACAGUUUUCUAUCUUGAAGAAUCACUAACGGUCAAACGAGGAGAGGAGAUCUGCGGCAUUUUCUCGAUGAAGCCUAACAGUCGUAAUAAGCGCGAUUUGGACUUCCUCGUACAGGUGAAAUUUCACGGGGAGCUGUGUGACCUAGAAGAAAACAAUGCUUAUCACAUGCAUUAG